GGGUGAACUGGAGCGGAAUUUCGCCUUCUGUAGAAUACCAUCGAAUGUGAGGUUAUCAUUCGUUUCUCGAGAUGGUCAGACCCACCCUGCGCGCUGUUCAGUCAUGGCGGGUCAGGAAUGUGCGCUCCAUGUUUUACAAGGCAUUGUAAGACCGUGUUAAAACUAACCAAUUGGGAAAAUAAUGAUGUGGGUUUGAUCGAGGUUUACCAAGCAAUGUGAUGGGCAGCAACUCAAGUAAACACAAGAAACAGGUGCCAAGCCAGGAGAGACGACGCAAUCAAGGCUGGCAUGGCCUUCUCUCCAAUAUUGGAAUAUCCUUUACUGAUGGACUUCGCCACCUUGGCCCACCAGUUCUGGCCACACAGGGCAUGGUGCUCGGCAGCGGAGCCCCAAUCCCUGAGGACCUCCUCCCCCCAGGACACAGCCCUCAGAAGCCUGGCAUGGAGUCGACUCUCCCUGGCUUCAUCUCUGUCUUUCUACCUGAGUUCCCACACCGUACAUUUACUGGGCAAGACGAUUUCCAGAUCCUGGGCUUCAUAGCCAAAGGCUCCUUUGGUCCUAUCUUGAAAGUAAAGGACAGGUUGAAGGAGAAGACUUAUGCAGUUAAGGUUUUACCCAAGUCUGAGAUACUGAAGCAUGGGGUCCUGGAACAGUCAAAGGAGGAGGUCAUCAUUCAGCGGCAGCUCAGCCACCCAUUCCUCCACAAUCUGCAGGACUGCUGGCAGACCCAGCGCCACCUCUUCAUUAUGUGUGAGUACUGCAGUACUGGAGACCUGUACACCUACUGGAUACUGAAGGGCCAGUUUGGGGAUGAUGAGGCUCGGGUGUUCGCUGCAGAGCUAGGCUGUGCUUUGGGUUUCCUUCACGACUUUGGGAUCAUGCAUAGGGAUGUGAAGAUGGAGAAUGUCCUUCUGUCUGACCAAGGUCACCUGCGUUUAGCUGACUUUGGACUUUCUCGCCGUCUUGAGCGGGGCGCAAGAGCAUUUACAAUUUGUGGGACAAUCCAAUACAUGGCUCCUGAAGUCCUGAGUGGGGGUCCCUACAGCCAUGCUGCUGAUUGGUGGUCUCUCGGCAUUCUGUUGUUCUCAAUGGUGACUGGAAAGUUCCCUGUACCUCCAGAGCCAGACCACUGCAACAUGCUGAGAAAGGUCAGAGACUGCCCAUACUCCAUACCCAAGACCUUCAGGCCUGCACUAGCCCUUCUGCUCACAGAGCUCCUAUGCAAGAACCCAGCCCAUCGCCUGCUGUACAGCUAUUUUCAGGUUGUGUGA